AUGCUGCGCGUCCUCUGUUUUUGUUUCCCCUCUCAGUGUCCGUGUUGCUUGUCCCCUACUGUCCUCCGCUCUCCCUCUGUCCUCCUCCCUACACCCUGGCCCCCCUUCUCCCCCCCCUGUCUUCCCCUUCCCCCCCUGCCCUCCGUUCUCCCCCCUGUCCUCCUCUCUCCCCCCUGCCCUCCCUUCUCCCCCCCCUGUCUUCCCCUCUCCCCACUGCCCUCCCACCCCCCUGUCCCCCUCUCUCCCCCCCUGUCCCCCUCUCUCCCACCCUGUCCCUCUCUCUCCCCCCCUGUCCCCCGCUCUCCCACCCUGUACCCCUCUCUCCCCCCCUGUUCCCCUCUCUCCCGCCAUAUCCUCCUCAUUCCACUCCCCCCUGUUCCUCUCUCUCCCCCUGUCCCCCUCUCUCCCGCUCUGUCCUCCUCAUUCCACCCUAUCCUGUCCCCCCGCCUGCGCCUCAUUCCCUUUUCUCAGUUCCUGCCCGUUACCAUCGCUUCCCGUUCCCAUCGCUCGCCCCGUCGAACCUCUCCUCGCUCCCCUUCCCGCCGCUGCCUCACCCUGCUUCCCCUCGUUUUCGCUCUCGAUUCCUUCCCCUGUCGCCCACGCGCGUUCCCCUCCCCUCCCGGGGCUGUCGCCUUCGUCUCCCGGUCCCCCCACCCUUCUCUACCCCUCACAGUGCACGUAUUUACCACCUCCUCCAAUUCCCUCACCCUAUGCUUCACUCUCAUCCACAUCCUCCCGAAUGAGCACAACUUCUUCCUCCAUCUGCUCUUUGCCCCUGGUCGCAUCUCCCCUUCCACCCAGGUCGCAACUCCCCUUCCCCCCCACCAGGUUGCAUCUCCCCUUCCCUCCAAAUCGCAUCUCCCCUUCCCCCCAGGUCGCAUCUCCCUUUCCCCCCAUCUCUCCCCCUGCCUCCCCAUCUCCCCCCCAGUGUCUCCCUCUCCCCCCACCGUCCUCCUCUCUCCCCCUAUCCUCCUCUAUCCCCCGUGUCCUCCCUCUCUCCCCUUCGUACCUCUAAAUCCUCUCCCCACCUUCCAUCUCCAUCCUUCUCACCCCCCCCUCUUCCCCUCAUGUCCCCUCCUGCUUCGCCUCAUUUUCCACCCGUCAUCCCUUCCUCAUUUUCAAGUGUCCAGUCCACGGCAGAUGACACAUAGGAGCACACUCUUCUACGCCCUUGCUGCAUGA